CCGAGGAAGGAUGUGCACCAGCGGCCAGAUUAUUGGGAGCCUCUUGGUGCUCUCUGUGCUGGAGAUAGGGCUGGGGGUGUCCAGCGUGGCCGUGGGGGCGGUCAGCUUCAGCCUGGCCCUCCGAGAUCACAAGCCGCAGCUCGGAGACUCGUCCCCGUUUCUUCUUUGUGGCAUAUGUGGAAUAUUGUGCGCCAAAAAGAAAUCUGGACUUGUUAUGAUCCUCUUUUCUGCCUGCUGCAUCUGUGGACUCAUUGGGGGCAUCCUGAAUUUUCAAUUCCUUCGGGCAGUGACAAAGAAGACCUCUUCCCUCUAUCCUCUGCAUCUUGCCUCCAUGUCUCUUGCGUGCAUUGGGAUCGGGGGCUGCACCCUCUCUUCAUGGCUCACUUGUCGACUAGCCAGCUAUGAACAGAGGAGGAUGUUCUCAGAAAGGGAGCAUUCGCUGCAUCACUCUCAUGAAAUGGCCGAGAAAGAAAUGACAGACAACAUGAGCAACGGAGGACCACAACUGAUAUUUAAUGGAAGAGUAUAACCAAUGUUUUAAAGAAUGGAAUAUUUUUUAGGACUUUCACGACGCAAGGAAAUACCAAAGGACUAGAAGAUAAAAUUAAAACAGUUCUUGCAUUUGCUGUUGUCUCUCCUGAGCACCCACUAAAAUUAUUCUUCCUCGAUUUGCCUCACUUAUUUCUUCAGUUUUUUUUAUUGGGUGAAGAACUUUCCAGAAAUGUUCUAGUACAGUAAUUUCAAUAGACUUUCCAGAUUAUUCUAAUGAAGACUUUCUAGGAAAAAAUAAGAGGAAUAGAUGAAAAGAAAAAUUCAUAUUCUACACAAACACUAUUUCACUAGCAUGAGCAUUAGAUUUGCAAUGACAUAUUUCAUAUAAGUAAUUAAAAAGUGCAACUAUUAAGAAAUAACAAUAACUUACUGAUGUCUUUGUUUUGAAAGACGCUGGCUUCAAGAAUGCCACAAUUCAAAACCUCAGCAAUGCCUUGUUGUAAAAACAUUGUAAUUAUUUUCAACUUGUGAAUGAGCUAUAUUUCAUAAUUUAUUUGUAAACAACAAAAAACCUAAAGCAUACAAAAUAGGUUUUUUUAGAGAGAGAAAAUACUAAUCUGUAUGAUAUUUUUGCAUUUUUGCACAAGAGUGAGAAGUUGUAAAUGAAUAUCAUUUAAGGAAAACAAAUGUUUUAAUCAUGCUGUGCAGAUUGAUCUGCAUGCUCACGAAUGAGCCUAAGAAUUAAAUAAAGUAUGCGUGUGUGUAUGUGUGCAUAUAUAUACUGUAAAUAUAGAAAAUAUAUAUAGCAUAUAUUUGUAGCAUUCAUGAAUGUAAAUAGGUAGUAGAAAAGAAAUUGUGAUGCUGCGGCAUAUUAUUAAGAUUCUAUUCCCAUAGAGAUGGGAAAGCUGUUGUUCAAGGCUUUUCUAUGUCCACAAAAUCACAUAUUUAAUUUCUACUAAACUUGUUCAUUUUUAUUCUUUUGUUAUGUCUGCUGUGUGUAAAUGGCAUUGUGGCUGAUAUUCAUGGAGUUGAGUGACCUGAAUAAUGUAGUAUGAAGACAGAUUACUUAACUAUUUGGUUAUUUUACCAUUAUUAUGGUAUUUAUGUAAUAACAAUUAUUGAGAUUAAUUUAUAAACAUAACUUUAAAUCACAUACUUCCACUUUUAUAAGUAUAGACAUAAUGACUUGUGAUUAUUCAUGAUAUUUAUAUUUCAAACACUUUACAGCCCAAUUAAGUUAUAUAAAAGGACAGAUGCUCAAAAGAUGAAGUUACAAUUAGGUUUGCUGGAAUUUAAUUUAGGUUUUUGUUUUGUUUGUUUAUAAUACAGACAGACAGUUUUUAAGAACACAUAAAUCCAAAGAACGCAAAAGAGUUCUCUGUAGAAGGAAAUAAAAAGAUGGGCUUACAUUUACACAGCUGGAGUCAAUCCUUAUCUUCCAUAAUGAAAUGUUAAAAUAGCAACCUACAACAAUACAUGUAGGCAAGAAAAUAUUUAUGAGGAUAUAACCUCUGGAAACAGAAAAAGAACUCUAAAAUUUUUAAAUAUAUAACUCUCACUGUAUUGUAUACUUUUAUUUUUUCCCCAAAGUUAAUCAAUUUUCAAGUCAUUUUUUAUGAGUUACUUAUUGAACCAUACUCAUAUUGAACAUAUUCAGUAUGAGAACGUUAUAAUUUAGAAGCAAGAUAUGGGUUUUAAUUGUGCUAACAAAAUAACAAUAAUUCCAGAUAAUGGAAAUCUGAAGGUCUUUUAGUUUUAGAGCAUCAUGAUCACCACCAACCCUAUUUAAAUCAGCUCAUUAAAAAAUUCUGGCUGCAAUAACUGGACUGUGGUUGUUUGGUGUAGUUUUUGAAGUCUCCCAGCUCAGAUGAAGAACUUCAUUAUCCAAUAGAUUGCAGAAAUUGCCCAUAAAUGCAACCUCAAAUAAUGAAUCAGCAUCAUCACUGUUCAUUUGAUGCCACAAGCAGGAAUGAUCUCCAUCACUGAAAAUCUAAAUUAUAUAAUGAAGAUAUUUUGGGUGUGUAUGGUUCUACUGAGUUUACACAAGGGUGUAGUUUUGUACUGAAAGAGUAACCACCUACUCUAAUUUUAGGUGGCCUUUCUUUGUAAACAUGUUUGUACAAUACAGAGUUAUAAUACAUCAGUAAGAUGUUUUAAUGACUUUUGAAAUAAUUUAUGAAAUCACCCAUUAAGGAUGAAUGUAGGCAUAUCAUUGCUUUGGCAUAGAGUUAAGAAAAGAUGCAAUCAACACAAUUAGCCAAAUAGUCUACAAGGUAUUUAACUAAGUAUAGAUAUAUCUUUAAAUGUAAUUAUUUUAUCCAAAUACCUUCAGGGCUCAGUUAUUUAGAGUGAUUUAUUUGGGACGUGUAGUGAUUCUUUUUGAGGUAAGUAGGGGAAGUUAGGAAGACAUUGUUCAAGUACUUGAAAAUUUAAUUUUCAUAAUACGUUGAACUAUGAACUAGAAUAUUUUAAGUGAUUACAUUACAGUUUUAGUAUGAGCCUAUCUUGAGGAAAAAGUAAUGUGAUACUAAAUUAGAAAAAUAUGUGACACUAGUGUGGUGGCGUGCUGUAGAGACUAGCUACAAAAAGAUGCAGUUAUUAUAAGCAUAAAAGAAUAAAAGUGGACUCUGGAAAUUUUUAAACAUGUGUGUGUGUGUGGACCCACCCCCACACACACACACACACAUAUAUACAAUUGUUUAGAAGUGAAACAUGGUAUGAUGAUUUCUAUUGAUAUGUCUAUGUAAUAAAAUGGUGUGUUUUGAAA